GUCAACAUACCCACAUAUCGAGUUUCUAUUUCGCUUCGGACGGAUUUCGAUGUUGGCCACCGAUGCAGUUUUAGCUAGUUCUCGUGUUUACCAACAGUGAUGUUUCGCUUCGGGAUUUUUUUUGUCUUUCAAACUGCUUUGUUCUUAAUUUGCGAUCGGGCAGAGGCAUCAGCUAACUCUACGCACUCUACGGCACUUUAUUCCACGGGAACAGUACUGGCAACCAUGACCGCUUCAACAGUUGCCUCAACUGGCAUAACACCGUCUUCAACAUUUUCCGCAACCACAACGUCUGCGCCACCUGUGACCAACUCAACCACAGCACAACCAACUGUUACCUACCCUACCACAGCACCACCAACUGCGACCACAGCACAACCACCAUCUGGAGGAGAACAAGAGGCAGUGGUGUUAUAUAUAUCGGACAUGACAGAAGCUAAGUUCGAAAAAACAAGAGUUAAUUUUACUGCCGCUGUGAAGAAAAUUGUGGGAAACUACUGCUCCAGUACACCACAAAAAUGUGACGAAUCAAGUCCAGAGAGUUAUCAAGUUUACAUAGUCCCUGGAUACCCGAUGGAGGACCCAUACAGUCCUGGAGAGCUUCUGGUGGGGUUUUUUAUCUCAGUAGGAGACGGCAAAUUUUUAUCGAAGAAUGUGUUGUAUACCAUCGUCAAACAGUCUGAGAAUAAAGAAACCCUCAAUACCGCAUUAGGAUAUCAAAUCACUGGUGUGGCACGGCUGCAUCUUGACUUCAUGAAGCCAACAGAAUUUGAUGGGACAUCGGGCAAGACAAAGCUAUUAUAUUUUUAUUUUGCUGCAUUUUGUGGUGCUGUACUCUUAGCGGGGUUGUGUGUAGGCGUCACAUGCUGGUAUGGCCUUAAAAAAGAGAAAGACGAUGAAGUUCGUCCUUUGACCACAAGUAACAUGCAACUCGUCGACAAAUGAUGAGGGCCAUUAAAGACGCCAUCCCGCCAUAGUGUUGAGGAAAUCAUUAUAGGUGCAGAAGUUAACUGUGUCACCAAUGAUUCUGGUGUACAUUUGUAAAUAAACUUCCCACGCUUUUUUGUAUCUGUAAAUAACUCGCUUUAAAUGGCAGUUUUCUUAAAAUGAAACUUUUUUACAGAUAAAUAGGAAGCAAUAACUAAUUUAGUCGAGUGCCACUGGCCAUACGAUAUUUUGAGAAAUCUUUUGCGCUGUGCAAAACUUAUAAAAGUAUAGAAAAACGCCAAAGAGGCAGUGAUAAACUAAGAAGGCGCAAGGAUGGCUUAGGGAUGUAGGCUUCAUUUUUCAAGACCUCACAGGUCAUGUCUCCGCCUCUUAAAGUCAAUGUUUCUUACCUUCCAUGUGAAAUUUUCAACUCGGUAAGUUAGAUGAAGAUUGCUCUGAAAACGUAUUGGUACAAUUUUCCUUACUUUCAUAAUUUUAUAGUCGACAUGUUAGCAAAAUUAUCGUUUCCUUGCGGAAAUGUUCAAUUGACCAAAAGUCUUUUGAACUCUCUUGGGUUUGUCUUUCAUAUACUUGUAGUUAAGGGAAGUCUAAGUCUUGCUUUUCAGUGCAAUUUCGUAAAAUUGUAUUUGUAUAUAAAUGUUUGAAUUUUUUUAUGUUUACACUAUUGUGUUGUACACAACCCAGUAUUUGAGAAUUAUUUCAGUUCAUGAGAUUUUUUCAGUUUAUAAUCUCCUGUUGGAAUGGUUCAAGUGACCAGCCGCCUUAGUAUUUGAAGAAAAGAAAGCGCAUGCGUUAUACUAUCUCCGCCUGAUCUGUCAGACUGUCUUGAUACACCAAUGCGACGAGAUCACUCAAAAAGAUUCUUUGCUUAUUACUUACUGAGCUGAAAGACAUCUUGAGACACAACGUUUUUCGUUUUGUUACUUUUUUUUUUCAUCACAGUUUAACGAAGUCAAAGCCAUGUAUGUUUUAUAAAUCAAUAAUCCAGGCCGGCAUAAAUUUGUAGCGGUGAAAAAAAUUAAUAAUUACAAUAAUGAUGGCAGUAA